UCUAAAGCUCUGGUAGGGUCUCGUCUGGAGGAAGGUUUAGUGCUGUGCACGGCUGUCAAAAUAAGAGUGGUGAGGCGAUACAGAGAUAAAACCAGCAGAAUGUCGCAACCAGACAGCAGAGCAUUGGUGUUGAGUGCACUGGUUGGAGCGGCUGGGAUCAGCUUGGCCCUUGUGUGGUACAAGAGUCGGAAAUCCAGGGUGUCCACGACUUUAACUGAUUAUUAUCUCAGUAAUAAUGAGAGACACUCGCAGUUCAGUGCGGAUGACAGGAGUGGGGGGGCAGUGCGUCUUUUCCAGGGGAAGCAGACGGAGAUGCUGGAGAAGCUGAACACCUUGAUCCUGUGUGUGUCCGAGCUGAAAGACGAGGUGAAGAGCCUGAAGGAAGGCAUCCCCAAGCUGCAGGAGCAGGUGAGGGAAGAGCUGCGGGACAAACUUGAGUCACGCAGGAUGAGUCCCCUGCACCGAGCAACACGCAGGAGAAGAACUGAGAUACCCAUAGAGGACUGCUUGAGCUCGGAGGAGGCUGAAAGUGAAGGCGGCUAUGUCACUGCUCAUACGGACACAGAAGAGGAUUCUGAUGAAGGAAACAAAGAUCUUACUGUGAACUUCCCAAAAGCAGAAGACUUGGUAGAAGAGAAGGAUGAAUUUACGCUCCUGAUGCAGAAGGCCGACAGCUUACACGGAGGUCUAGAAUCAGAGAAGAAGGAAGGAUUUAUGAUGCUGCUAGAGAAGAAAGAUCAGUAUGGGCAAGAGGUUCCAUUUCUGUGGCGAUUGGCACGAUCAUAUGGGGACAUGUUUGACUUGACUUCAGACAUUGAGGACAAGAAAAGUUAUACAGAGGCUGGAAAGGUGUUUGCUGAAAAAGCCAUUACGUUGGAUCCCAUGAGUGCUGAUAGUCACCAGUGGUUUGCCAUUAUGUGUGGCUACAUGUCUGAGUACGAGAGUGUGCAGAACAAAAUCAAGAAUGGCUAUCUCUUUAAGGAUCAUCUAGACAAAGCAAUUGAGCUCAAACCACAGGAUCCCCUGUCUUACUACCUCCUGGGAAGAUGGUGCUAUGCCGUCUCUCAGUUAUCUUGGAUUGAAAGGAAAGUAGCUGCUACUCUUUUUGGAAACCCACCAACUGCAACAGUACAGGAGGCACUUCAUUAUUUCCACAAGGUAGAAGAAAUUCGUCCCUGCUACUCCAAAUUUAAUUAUGUUUGUUUAGCAAAGUGUUACAAAGAUCUAGGACAAAGAGUCCAUGCACUAAAGUGGUGUGAUGCUGCAUCUGCUAUGGCAGUAGCUUCUAAUGAGGAUAAAGAAGCCCAGAAGGAGCUGGACACUAUUCUGUCUUCCCUCAGUCAGUAAUCUAAGACACACUUUCCCUAUGACAGAGCAGCACUGACAGACUGUGGAGAUGGAAUGACGUUUAGAACUAGGAUAUGUGUAAUUUGUUGCAAGUCUUGUGUGAUGUAGUCUCUUAGAUUUAUUGGAA